UACUCCCAUGGCCCUUUACUUAGCUCUCCUCUUCUUCUUGCUAUCAAAUCUUACUCAUUUUUCAAGCCAUGGCAAGCUUCUCCCAGUGGUCAAUGAUCAAGGAGGCAAUCCUGGCCAGACGCAAACCUACAUCGUUCAUGUAGUAAACACCAAGGAAGCUGAGCUUCUCAGCGAUAUAGAUCUUGAAAGGUGGUACGAAUCCUUUCUACCUAACAACACUCUAGACUCGGGAGCACCUCGUUUGGUGUACUCGUAUCGACACGCAAUCAGCGGUUUUGCUGCGAGGCUAACUCCUACAGAAGUGAAGGCUAUGGAAGGUAAGGAAGGCUUUUUAUAUGCCCACCCUGACAAGCUCUAUCACCUUGAAACCACUUAUACCCCUGAGUUCUUGGGGUUGAGCAAGCCAUUCGGAGGAGCAUGGGAUGGCACCAUGUAUGGCGAAGGCAUCAUAAUCGGAAUUAUUGACUCUGGAAUUUUUCCGAACCAUCCUUCUUUUAGCGACAAUCUAAUGCCUCCUCCACCUACUAAAUGGAAGGGUAAGUGUUAUUACCUCAGUUGCAAUAAUAAGAUCAUCGGUGCAAGAGCAUUCCGAAACGGAACCAGUCCUUCCCCAUUAGACACAGCAGGGCAUGGGACCCACGUGGCAGGCACGGCUGCAGGCAAUUUCGUGGAUGAUGCCAACGUUCUUGGGACGGCCAAAGGUAAGGCUGCUGGAAUGGCACCUAAAGCUCACCUAGCUAUCUACAAAGUGUGCUUCGAGGAUGGCUGUUGGGGGGGUGAUACACUUAAAGCCAUAGAUCAGGCUAUCACGGAUGGAGUCGAUAUAAUCUCCAUGUCACUUGGUGGUAGAGAUAAUGACACAUUCUAUUUUGAUCCAGUCGCAAAAGGGUCACUAGCAGCAUUCAAGAAGGGAAUCUCCAAUUGUGCAUCCGCAGGCAAUAGUGGCCCUGAAAAAAAUACAUUGGCCCUUAGUGCCCCGUGGGUUUUGACAGUAGGAGCGAGCUCAACUGACAGAAGAAUAAGCGCAAUUGUAAAGCUCGAAAAUGGAAUGGAAGUACAAGGAGAAACUGCCUUUCAACCCCUAUCUUACAAUUCCUCCGAAUAUUUACCCAUUGUAUUUCCUUACAAAUAUAGUGGGGAUGUUGAUGCUUUGUUUUGUAAAGCAGCAAUCAAGUUCAACUACGCACAAUAUGGAUUCAGACCAUCUCCAGCAGUCGCUUCUUUCUCCUCUAGGGGUCCAAGCGAGAUGAACGGUGACAUCCUGAAACCAGAUGUCCUUGCACCAGGCGUGAACAUUCUAGCAGCAUGGCCAUCUGGAGUCGGACCUAAUCCUAACCCGUUCAUCCUUAAAAACUUCAACUAUGACAGCGGCACCUCCAUGGCCGCUCCUCACGUUUCUGGAAUCGUCGCUUUAAUCAAGUACAAACACAAGCAGUGGUCGCCAGCAGCGAUCCAAUCCGCCAUCAUAACCUCAGCCAAGGAGCUAGAUCUUGACGGGAACCCCAUCAAGGACGAGUGGAACAAUGAGACAGCCGGUAUCUACGCCACAGGAGCGGGCCAGGUGAAUCCAGCCGGGGCGAUGGAUCCUGGUCUCAUUUACGACCUAACUCACGACGAUUACAUCUCAUACCUCUGUGGCCUAGGGUACAACGACACUGAGGUGUACUGGACAGUUGGCUAUUUUGUUCAAUGCUCCCGACACAAAAAGACUAGCCCGCCACAACUGAAUUACCCCUCCAUCGCGGUAUCUCUCAGCUCAAACUCAAGGACCCAGACCGUGCAACGAAUAGCGACGAACGUAGGGGAUGCUAACGAGGUUUACCAGGCACGGGUCCAGGAGCCGCCCGGGGUCAGCAUGUACCUUUCUACGUACCAACUUUCGUUUUCUAGAGUCCAGCAGGACAAGGACUUCAAUGUCACCCUCGUCAUGAGGCGAUCACCAGGGAAAGGGCUAGUUUCUAGGGGGAAACUCGAGUGGGUUUCGAACAAACAUGUUGUUACAAGCCCUGUCGCUGUCAGAUUCGCCUAAAUCCGACCAAAUUUGGCGUCAUUUGUGGAUCAUAUGCACAUAUCACAGUAGUACUAUGCUAAAUAAUAAUAAAUGUAAUGAUAAAUUCCCCAUAUAUUAAUAGAAUCUUUACUUUCCUCU